ACAGGAUCUGGUGUAACACCGCCUCCUGUCAGCUCCCCUGCAGCUGCAGAUGCCGGGGCUUCUCCCUUAUGGGUGCUCUUUUUUUUCCCAGCCUCAUAACUUUUAUUCAUUGUGUUGGUCAAAGAUGACAUCGCGGGAGGAAGAAUCUUAAUCCUGAUGGCGUUUGUUGGUGCAGAUUCUCACUUUUUGUUACUAUUACAAUUAGAAUCUUUUCAUCAUUAGGAAGUGUCCUAUUACAUCGAAAUCAUUUUUUUUUUUUUUUUUUUUUUUGCACACUGGCAUCCGCGUAAGUGUCGUUGGGGCUCUGGGACGGACAGAGCAUGCAUCAAUUAUGGGUUUUUGUCUUGAUGUGCUGCGCGUUUUCCUCUCGGAGCUCUGCAGCGCCAAAGUGCGUAAGUUCAGAUCCGAAAGCCUCCGAUCUGGAGUCUCAACAUGAAAGCAGCGCCGAGGACGGGCUACAAGAAGAGCUGUUAGGUCAGGACAUCGUCUCCAAGCUGCUGGGUGAUUAUGACAAAGUGAAAGCCAUCUCGGAAGGCGCUGACUGUCGGUGUAAAUGUGUUGUCAGACCCCUGAGCAGGAGCGCCUGUCGGCGGAUCGAAGAGGGGAGCGCCUCCGCGCAGGACUUCUACACCGUGGAGACCGUCACAUCUGGACCUGGCUGCAAGUGCGCCUGCGUCGCGCCUCAGUCGGCGGUCAACCCGUGCGAGAGAGAGUUCAGGCUGAAACAACUCAGGGACGCUGGGAAAGAAAACGUGAAGCUGUCCACCAUCCUUGAGCUGCUGGAGGGUUCCUUCUAUGGGAUGGAUCUACUGAAGCUGCACUCCCUGACAAAAAGGCUCCUGCAACAAGUGGAAGAGAGUGGGAAGGCAGUGCCUCUGAACCACACGGGCACGGCGAAGCCUCAGGAGAGUCCUCUUUUUACGAUGAAAGUAACUGAAGGUCCAGCAACUCCUCUUCCAAAUCAGCAUCAGGACAUGGGGAGGGUUGGCGAUGUUGGCACAGCAGCAGCUUAUCGGCAUCCAGAGGAAAAACAUGAAGAGAAGUUCACUGUGGAAAAUCCACCCACCCUGCAGCCGGAUGGCUCUGGUCAGAUCAUUGAGAUUAAAUCUGCCGAUGCCAUGACCAACACAGAAGACGCUGAGGGGAAGCCUGGAGCUAAUGGAAUGAUAAUCAGGGGGAUAACCUUUUACAAAUCUGAGCCUGAUCCCAUGGAGCCAGACCCAAUGGUGGCAGAUGACGGGGAGCCCGGAGAGAACUUUUUUGAAUAUCAUGAAUUCAGCGGAGAAGGCCCAGUCAAUCUCUUCAUUGAAGAGAAUCUCCUUCUCCAUCGAGCCCCACGGCCCAGGAGCCGAACGUGGCUGAGAUCAUUUCAGCAGAAGACGACAGAUCUUGUGCACAACUCCAAGAAGACGACCCCAUCCGUAAAACUAAAGAUAACGAAGCCUGUCUCAGAGACUCAUAAUGAGGUCGUCGGUGACGGUGGAAUCAAGUCACCGGAUGCGCCUGAAGAGGAAUCCCCAACGGGAAGCAUUAUAGCCGGACCAACCAGGGCAGCACAACGAGUACCGAUUGAAAACCCAGAACCUCAGACGGAUCAGGGGGUCACUCCUCUGCCGAUUCCAGUGACAGCAGCUGUAGGGGGUCCUUCAACUAUCCCUCCUGCAGAAAAAAACAACGAGACUACACCGAACACAACCCAACCCACUCACAGGCCAGACAUAAAGGAAACGGUGCCAACAUUAACCGCAGGAUAUUCGCCCAUCACCAAGAUGGAAACCACUAGCUAUCGGCUUAAAGAUCAAACACAGACAACAUCUGAUCUGAACUUCAUGGCAGAGGCUCAAACAACCAGCCCUCCAUCUGCUACAACUAUUACCCCUUCAUCCUCAGCCCCGGCACAUCCCACGCUACAUCCCACCCCGGCACAGACCUACGCUUCAACACUGCAAGAGAAAACUACCCCCACCCUUUCCUCAGACGGUGCUUUACCUGAUCACACCGCUCUCCCCACCGUCACGACUGCAACCACAUCCCCCAAAGUCACCACCGUUGCCAAGCGGGCCGCCUCAGUCAAAACUAAAUACAAAAUUAGCUGGGAAGAAGAAGAUGUCGGGGCAGAAAAUCCCGGGAUACACAAAGCAAUGCAAGACCAGACAGAAUCAACUUCCAGGAAAACUGGGGAGUGUAAGGACACUUUGGCAAGUAUAUCUGAGCCAAUCACUCACAACACCUACGGCAGACCUGAGGGAGCUUGGAUGAAGGAUCCUAAGUCCAACGACGACAAGAUCUAUGUCACAAAUUUCCAUUACGGGAAUAACCUCCUGGAGUUCCAGAAUCUGGAAGUGUUCAAACGAGGCCGUUUCACCAACUCCUACAAGCUCCCCUACAACUGGAUCGGCACCGGCCAUGUGGUCUACGGUGGGGCCUUCUACUACAACCGGGCCUUCUCCCGGGACAUCAUCAAGUACGACCUGCGGAAACGCUACGUGUCCACCUGGACCAUGCUGCACGACGCCGUGUUUGAGGAGUCCUCGUCGCCGUGGGAAUGGCGCAGCCACUCAUACGUCGACUUUGCCGUGGACGAGAGUGGGCUGUGGAUCGUCUACACCGCGCUGGACGACGAGGGCUUCUUACAGGAGGUGGUCAUCCUGAGUCGGCUGAACCCCACGGACCUCAGCAUGCAGAGGGAGACCACCUGGAGGACCGGGCUCAGGAGGAACAAUUUUGGGAAUUGCUUCGUCGUCUGCGGCGUCUUGUACGCCGUGGACAGCUACAACAGAAGGGACGCCAACCUGGAAUACGCCUUCGACACGCACACAAACACUCAGAUGAUUCCCAGAAUGCCCUUCGUCAACAACUACACCUACACCACACAGAUCGACUAUAACCCGAAGGAGGGCGUUUUGUAUGCGUGGGACAAUGGACGGCAGGUCACAUACAACAUUAAGUUUGCUUAUGUAGAUCCUUAAUAGUCCCUUAUUUUUUUUGAAUGGAUUGUAGAUCAGUCCAUGCUGGCCUCAGUACUGAGACAGAUGAGGCUAAAUGUACAUAUAUACUGUGUUUACAUUGUUCAUAUCAAAGUUUACAUUUUAUAAAAAAUAAAAUAGAUUCACUUUCAACCUUUA